UUAUUGAAAAAAAAAAAUUAUAAAUGAAUAAUAUAUUUAAAGUAUUACCUUAAAAUGAAAUCAAAAUAUCAAUACGAUAAUGGAAACAAUUUACUGCAUAAUUUUUUUGAAACUUUUCGAUAUUUUUUAACAAAUAAUUUAAUAUUUAUCAUAAUGCGUUGUAAAGACAAUUAAUUAGUUUUUAGUUAUAUAUUUUAAAAAAAAAAACGUUUUACUAAGAAUAACAGAAAACAGAAAAUAAAUACUAUUAAAAACAAUUUUGAAUUUGUGAAAAUAAAAUUAAUUUUACAGAAAGAUUACCUGAAGAGAGCGUCACUCAAGAAAACGAUGAUAAUGGUAUGGAUCUAUAAUUGAUAAAUAACUAUUUAUUUCUCUAAAUUGUUGUCAUAAUGUAUAUUCAAAACUUUAUAUUUACUUGUUUAAGUUAAUUAAAGGUUUUUUUUAAAAUCUUUGAACACAUUUAUUAAUAAAAAUAUUAAAGGCACGGAAAAUAAAAGGAGUUGAAAAGAAAUUGGUAAAUAAGAAACAUAUAUUACGGUGAAAUUAAAAAUAAAAAUAAUAAAAAAAAUUAAAACUAAUGACAUGUCGAUAGACUCGCACAUGGUUUCUGGAAAAAAAAAGAAUAACAUUAAUUUUUAUAUGCUGUUUUGUCGUGAUUAUUCGCUAAUCAAGGGGUAAAAACCCAAUGCUGGUACAUAAUAAUUCACAAUUGCUAAAGAAAAAGUCUACAUUUUGUACUAACUGAGUGUAGAUCAAAUGGAGGGCUGUUCAAUUUUGCCCGCUUUCGUGCAAAGGCCAAGGUAAAAAGGUACUAAUUCAUUAAAUGUUGCCGUGUGUAGCUAGUUAAUCGUCUAUCACACGCAUGUAAAGAAAUUUAACGAUCAAUUUGUCUACAGAAAACAAAUGUCCUUCAUGGUACCAAUAUCCGCUAGUCGGAUCUUAAAAAAAUAACUUAAUUUUCGAUUUCUCGUUAAGUGAUUUAGCCGAUCCGUAUUUAAAAUAUAAUUGUAUUUAAAUUAUUCUUUGAUUAUUACUAAGCUUAUUUUUUUUCGUCUUAAGGGGAAAAAAAAACAACUUGAACAGUAUGGUGCAGGAGCGCAUACGAUUUGAAAUUAUAUUUAUAUAGCUCGUAUAAGAAAAAAACGUAAAUAGGGCCGCUGGCUCAAAUUGGAAUAUUUUGAAAAAUUUAUAAUAAUUUAAAACCCUUUGUGUUUAAAUAACACAGUAAAAUGCAUUGGCGCAUGGACAACAACUCACUAAGUUUUGUAGCAAUCGCAUGAUUGGUGUAGGAGCGCAUAAUAUGGUUUGAAAAUAUAUUUAUAUAGCUCAUAUUAGGAAAAACGAAUAUGAGGCCCCUGGCUCAAAACUGAAUACUUUAAAACGGUUGUAAUAGUUUAAAAGCCUUUAUAGAGAAGCUUGCAACAUUUCACCAAAAAUUUAUCGGAAUCGGAUGAAUGGCGUAGGAGUGCAUUUGAAAAAUAUUUUUUACAAAGCUCAUAUGAGAAAAAAAACGAAUUAAGGGCCAUCGGCCGAAAACAGAAUGUUCUUAAAAGUGUUUAAAUAACACAGUAAAAUGCACUGGCGCAUGGACAACAACUCACUAAGUUUUGCAGCAAUCACAUGAAUGGUGUAGGAGCGCAUACGGUUUGACAAUAUAUUUAUAUAGCUCAUAUAAGGACAAUGCAACAUAGAGCCCCUGGCUCAAAACUGAAUAAUUUAAAACGAUUGUAGCAAUUUAAAAACCUUUAUGGACAUGCUGACAACAUUUCUCCAAAGUUUUAUAUGAAUCGGAUAAAUUGCUUAGGAGCGCAUGUGGAAAAAAUUUUUUACAAAGCUAAUUUUUGAAUUAAAAAAAAAAAUUAAGGGCCAACGGUUAGGAAGAGAAUUCUUUAUAAGUUUUUUAAUGACUUAGUUAAAUGGCCGGUUAUGUGGUCAACAACUGUCCAAAGUUUUGUUGCAAUCGCAUGAAUGGUGUAGGAGCGCAUACGAGACAUACAGACAUACAAACAAUCAUUUUUAUAUAUAUAGAUUGGGCAAAACUUUUAUCCAAAAAAAAAAAUAACACUACCAAUAUUUCAGAAAAGAAUUGUAUUUUUUAUUAGUAAAUCAUUUAUUAGCAGCAACAAAUUAAAAGACCAUAUAUGCUGCGUUGAAUCUAAAUCAAUUAUUUCAAAUAGUAGCUGAUUUCAAUCCUGAAUUCAUGUAGUUUUAACAAUAGUGUUAUGUAUAACACUUUUUCCCCGUGCGUGAACUUUGCUUGACCCCAAAUUAGAUUCCUAGCAGAUGCUACAUUCCUGAAAGGCGUGGCCAAAUUCGUUUGAUCUACUGCGUUUACUGCCGGCUAAGCCCAGAGAAAAACGGAUUUUGUGGUGCACACUGUUCACGCCUCUGUCUAUCCCGCUUUGCGUACCCUGCACUUUUGUAUUUUUCUGCUAGCGUGGUAUCCUUAAAUAAAACUAUACCAAUCCUGGUUCGUUUCAAUUUUUCAUCUAAAGUCAUCUUUUGUUUUUCAAUAUUAGUACCCGCAGUCCUUUUCUCUCAAUUUUAUUGAACAAGUUUUGUGACGUUUAAUGUUAGGUUCCAAGUUCCACUUGCAAAAGUUACAACUGGUCUGAUUACAUUUUUAUAAACAGUUUUCUUUUUUUUAUGUUGCAGUGUUUUUACUUUUGAGUAUUUUCAUACUAUUGAAGUGUGCCCUGUUACCGUCGAAAUUUAUUGCUUUAUUUUUCUUAGUAAUUCUUUUUUUCAUUCGUUAAUAAUCCUAGGUAAUGGAAUGGGUUUAUAAUUUUAAUAGUUCCAUCCGACUUUUCUUCUCUGAUCAUAGUCAUCUAUUUUUUUUAAACUUGACAACUUAUUUUUUAGUGAUGCGUCUUCUAAUUCAAUAAAUGUUUUUGAUAUAUGUUGAAUAUGUUUCCCUAACAGUGCUUAUCAACAAUUGAUGCAAGAUACUGAAGGGGUUGAUUGUAAAGAGUGCCCAUUGGUUUUGGGUUUUGGUUUUCCUUCAUAAAGUAUCCUGUUAUUGCUCCUCGGGUGUCAAUCUGUAUGUUUGCGAUAACUCUCACUAAUAUUAGGUUAAAUAACAUAAAAGACAUUUAUCCUCUUUAUCUUUGUCAAAUCUAAAAUUCCCUUGAAUAUUUUCACUACAACUCUUUUUAUAGCGUUUUGAGUUAUAUAACGUUACAUGUAUUAGUCUUGUCAGUUUUUUGGGAAUUCCAAACUCCUGUAGAGUCUCGUAUAGAUAUUUUCUUUUGAUGAUGUCAUAGUCAAUUGUAAAGUCCACACAUAGUUGUUAUACUAGGGAAUUAUAAUCUUAUUUAGAAAAAAAAUUUAAAUUGCUUUAAAUAUCGUCCAUAAAGUGCACUAUGUUUCAUUAAAGACGAUGAUUAAAAUUUUAAAUUCAUACACGUUAUAUUGUUUACCAAAUUCAGUAGUAUUGCCAUUUUAUUAUUAUUAUUGGUGCCGGGUGGCCGAGUGUUUUAAAUUGAGUCAAUCCAAAUAUUAAAGUCCGUUGUUAAAUUCUUACAAAAUCCUAUUCAAAUAAAAACACCAUAAGCAACCCGAAUUGAUGUAUCACGUUAAUAUUGAUUGGCAAGACAAGAAAAACGUGAAAACCUGUAGAUCGAUUCCCGUAGUCGUUAUGACAUUGAAUAUAUGACAAAUAAAACAACCCUCAUCUAUAAUGACUUUAAAUAUAUUUAUAAUACUAUUAAAAUGUAAGAUUAUGUUGAACACUUCAUAUGUCUGGACACUGUAUCAAUAUUUACAGAAUUAAACGGAAAAUAACCUCUGCUGUUAUUUUUUUUUACAGGAAUGUAAUUUUUUAAAUCACAAUUAACACUAUUUCAAUUGGAAUAUGCUUUUAUAGAUACAUAUAUAAUUUAAUAUGAUGAACAAAAAGAAUAGAAGGUACCGAAAACAAUGUAUUAUUAUCAUACUUCAAAAACUUAUUCUAACUUUUUUUUUACAUUUCCUUUAUUUAUUUUACAGCAUCGCCAAAAAGUAAACAUUUUCAAGGAGAAAAUAAGCCAGGUAUAAAAAUAAGUUUAAUUACAUUUUUUUAAUGAUUUUUAAAGUUUCGUUCAUAAAUUAUUUGUUUUGAACAUACUUAAGUUAAUAAAAUGUAUUUAUUAUAAUAGCAAAAUAUAAGUUUGUAUUGAACAUUUUAUACGUAUGUGCUAUGUACCUAGAUUUACAGAAAUAACUCAAAAAAAAAGAACCUCUGAAAUGAUUUUUUUUACAGAAAUGAGAUGUAUUUUUAUUCUAAAACUAGAAGGUCGAACAACCAAUGUAUCCUUACCUUUCUUUAAAUUAAGAACAAUUCCAAAAAUAUGUUUUUGAAAUUUGCUUUAUAAAGUAUUGCAGCAUCAACUAAAAAUAAAAAUAUUCUAGUAGAAAAUAAGUGAGGGACGCGAAUAGGUUUUACAUACGUUUUUAAUAACGGUUAAAAUUUCAUUUAUAAACUAUUUUAAAAACAUUUUAUAAAUAAAAUAUACUUAAAAUACAGCAAUAUAUAAUGUAACAUCAAUCCCUUUAUUUGUAUGCACUCUUAUCACGAUUUACAGAAUUAACUGGAAAUGAACCUCAGCUGUGAUUAUUUUUUUUACAGAAAUGUGAUGUAUUUUUAUUCCGAGAGACAUUAUUUCAAUUAUUGUUUUCUCUUAUAUAUCCAUACACGAAGGACCUACAAGAAAAGAAAAUACCGAAAACAAUGUAUUGUUAUCUUUAUUUACAGUAAAUGUUUAACAAAAACAUUUUUUUUUGUCAAUUUGAUUUACAAUAUACUAGCCGAUACACCCGCGUGGCCCUGGAUUGCUUUAGGACCCCGAUCCUGAUUUGACUCCUAUCCCUAAGAGACCCCAAUCCUAUUUUGACGCCUAUCCCAGAUCAAAACCGUUUCCAGGUGUGAUCACAAUCCUUGUUGUAUCCCAUUUUCUUGUUGCUCCGGAUCCAGGGGAAUCCAGAUCCUGUUGGGAUCCCGAACCCGACGAUAUCUGGAAUUUGUUGGGAUCUCGAGCUUGGUGGAUCCCUAUGGGCUACCGAUCCCGUUAGGAUACCGGUCUCUACGGGAUCCCAUUUCACCUUGGGACUCUCUUUUCCAAUUUUAUUCCGUUUCCGAUAGUCCCGAUCCCGGUUUAAUCCCGGUUUGAGAUCGCGUUACCAAUGGGUUCCAGUAUACUAAUAGAUAUCGCUCCACAUUAGGAUCUUAUUCCACUAUGGCAUCAUGCUCAGUGCGAUUUGGUUCCAAUAAUCUUUAAGAUCAUGUUAUAUAACCACUCAGAAUCUUCUGGAACAUUAUAGAUUUAAUUUAAUAUGCUCCAUGAAAUCUGCAAAAAAUUACUUUUCUAAGUAAAUAUUUUUCAAAUACAAAAUAUUAUACAAUUAAUUUUCAGUACUAUAACUAUAGCAAAUUUAAACUAAAAUAGGAGCCCCGUGGGGGCCCAUUUAAGAAAAAAAAACACGUUUUAGGUAUGUCUGAGAUGGGCUAUAAAAAUCAAUAAUAUUAAUUAUAGAAUUAAAAUGUAAUAUUUGUCCCAUUAAAAUCGAUUUAAAAUGAAAUAAAUAUAGCUUUUUUAAAUUAUCAAAUUUUCUGAAAAUUUCUAGAUUGGAUAUUAUUAGUUUUAAAUCCACGGAUAUUUCAAUACGGACUAAGAAGCGUGAUGAACAAAGCUAGGCUUAGAUCAAUAAAUUCACAUAGAACCUAUACCGUUGUCUAACCCUAUUGAUAUUCAUAUAGCUUAUUUAAAGAAAAAAAUUAACUGGGGCCCCGGGCCCCAGAGAAAUGGAUAUUAUGAGUUCAUGAACUUUUUUUACAGAAAUGUAAUUAUUAUAAUUCUAAGAAACAUUUUUUUAAAAUUAGUAUAUGCUAUUUUAUAUGAAUUAACUAUUUAAUAUAAAUAACAUAUAUAAUAGAAUGUAGCGAGCGCGACAAUGUAUUUUAAUUUUUCUUUACAUUAAUUUUUUUUUUUUUGACAUUUACAUUAUAAUGUAUUACAGCAUCAUCUGAAAGUAAACCUCUUCUGGGAGAAAGUAAGUCAGGUAGCCAAACAAGUUUAACAUACGUUUUGAAUGAUUGUUUAAGUUUCGUUUAAAACUAUUGUUUUUAACACACUUAAGUAAAUAAAACCACCCUCUCGCUAUAAUGGUGAACUCCAAACACUUAAGAUUUUAAAUUUCUUGCUAAAUGAAGUUGUUUCUUCAUUUGUCCAUUUGAUGAAGAAGGCUCUUUGAUGAAUCGUACUCUUUUUUUUUAUUUUCACUUUUUAUAUAUAUAUAUAUACAGCUAUAACUUACCAUAUUUCACUCCUUCACAUAACUCGAACGAAGUUAUUCCUUCAUUAUCCUUCAAUUAAGAAGACGAUUUAAAAAAAAAAAAAUAUUAACCUAUUCUUUAAUUUAAAAAAAAAAAAUAUUUGAUAUCAUAUGUUACAUGCCAAUAUCGCCUAUUUUACAUUUACAGAAGUGACGCCAACUACAGCUUUAUAUGAAAACACGAAAGGUAACAACAGCAUUAAACAAAAAAAAAAGGGAACUACGAAUAUUUAAAGACACAGAGUUAAUAUUAAAUUUAUUUUAAAAUAAUAGACAGCAAAAGAAUAAAAGAACAAUAAAAACAAUAACCGAUUAUUAUCUGCAAAAUAGGACAUUAAUCAUUCAAGAAUUGCUUUAUUUAUGUAAAUAUUAUUGUAAAGCAAUUCCAUUUAAAGAAAUGAAAAUGUGUUCCUCUUUGAUACAAGUGCAUUUGUAAAAAAAAAAUAAAGAAAAUUAUUAAUUUUAUAAUACCUAUAGUUGUAUUUAAAUGUAAAUUUAUCUUAACAUCCGAAACAAAGAUGGAAUAUGUCCCUUAAAAUAAAAUAACUAUUAAAAUUAAACUAGGAGAUAUAUUUAUAGGUUCUAUACAACAUAUAAUACUUAAUGCAGAGAAUAAGUUUUAAUUAAAGGCAAUGAUCAGCUGUUGAUGCACUUUUUGGAUUGUAAACCUGGCAUAAAUGUUCCUCCCACAUUCCUUUUGAUACUUUUAAGAUAAGAAUGUAUAUGAACUCAUAACAAUAAAAAUACACCAGUUGCAGUAUACGAGUAGUAAAAAGCAGAUGUCCCUCUAUAUGCAUACUGCCAUUGCGCAGGAAAUGUAAACCCUGCGGCUGCAGGUGCCUCGCAUAUUGAUGGGUCUAAAGUUGGGAUACAUGAAAAAACAACAACAUUUGAACAAUUUUGAAUGAAGGGGAUGGAGGGUGCACGAAACAGAAGUCAGGGUUCGUCUCUGAGAAGAGGACCAACUAGACAUCAAUUCUAAAUGUUAUACAUAUUACAUAUUUAUGGUACUUAGAAAGUUAAGUUGUUGCCAGGCUAAACUAAGGGCUCAAAAAAGAAUCAAUAGAAACUUUAAAGAAGUUAUCACUAACAUUACCAAUGUUUUAAUUCAUUGUUUUGAUGAUACACAUUUUUAACACAAAUUUGAACACUAAAUUAAAAAUUAAUAACUUGCGAUAAAUCAAUGUGUUUUUCUAAACAUUCAUAUAAUGUAUAACUUUCGUUUAAAAAGACAUAUGAUUUAUAUUUUAGAGUUAUCUUUGCAACACAUAGAUUAUUUUUUUCCAUUUUUACUUUUUGUGACGCACUCGGUCACAAGAUAAGUAUGAACUUCGUAUGUUGAUACGUAAAUCCAAAUAUAAUUUAUUUUUCUUAUUGAAUGUUAAUUCGCCCCCCCUCCCAUAUUUUUCUUUAAAAUAAUCACGCUUAUUUUACCAAUGCUUCUAACUGUGUAAGGUAGAAGAUAAGUUGUUAUCAGAACUUAAAGUUGCUUGGAUUUUGGAAAAAAAAAACAUUACAUAGAAAGAUGUGCUAGUAUGAGCAUUUUCUUUAAUAUCAAUUAUACAAUAUGUUUAUAAAUCCAACACAGAAUGUACAGAAAAUAAAUAUAUUAAAGAUUGUACAGAUGGUUCUUUUCAAAGCCCUAACGUAAGUAUCAAUAUUAUUUUAAUUAGAAAUUAUUUGUUUGUCUUCUUCUGUCAUCGUAGGAUGUGAUUGCGUCGUGUGAGAGAGAUGCUGUAAUACAAUUAUUGCAAAUGGCUGCAAGGCAACAGACUUGUUAGUGUUGUGUUUUAUAUUCUGCAUUUUAAAGAUGUUUUUAAAACUGACAAUGCAUUGACUAGCCCUGGCUUUGAGCACGAAAUGGUUUCUAGGAAUCUAAUGAUGCCUGUGUAUAGACAUCGACAAUCUUGUUGGGCUAUUUUAACUGCCUUUGAUGGAACCAACAAUUUGUCUUAUUUAAUUAUUGUUUUAAUUAUAAUAAUAAUAUUUAAAAUAACAAGAAAAAGAUUACUGAAUCGUCUAUUUUGAUUUAAUUCCAAGAGAUACGGGACUUAAUUUUGUAUAUAAAUGUGUUAAAGAUAAAAUUAUAAAGAUUGUUUCAAGAUUGGCCAUAAUGAAACUAAAACUUUUAUCUGAUUAUUGAAUUUUCAAUCAUUUAAUUGUAAAUAAAAAUAACUGUAAUUGGCCUUUACGUGGAAAAAAACAAACACACAAAGUAAAAUUUAAAAUAAUAAUAAACCUAAGUGGAUCAUGUCCGCCCAACCCCCAUUGGAUACCGCGAUGUGGUCUCAUUUGAUGAUUCCCUCGGUCGCGCUUUUGAUCAUAGACGCACCCAAUGCACACACAAAAAAAAAGCAACACAAGUCUACGUCAUUGAAAGUCAAAAGUUUGCUCCACCACAAAAUUACUCCCUUUAAUAACUGACAACGAUGAUACCCCAUUAACUAUAAAAAUUACUAAUAAAAUAGUUUGUGAUAGAAUGCCAAUAAUUACACAUGUCUUAAUUUUUAAAAAAAACUUUAUCAGAAGAAACAUAUUCAAUGGUCUAGCUUGGAACAAAAAUACUUAAAGUAUGUGUGUCUGGAACUGCGUGCAUCUAUUCCCGCAUUUUACACGGUUAACGUGUCUGCGUUUCCCCCAAUAAUAAAUAUAUAUAUAUUUCUAAGAAGAUAGUUUACAAGGUCAUUUAAAAAAAACAAAAACAAAACAGAAAUAUCUUCAAUGUUGUUUAUACUAUUACAUUAAAAGUACUUACACAUCUUGUUAAAUAUAAGUGUAUGAAAUGUGGAUAAUCAGGUUCCUAGUUUAUUAAAAGCGCAUAUUUUUUUUCGCAUGUAUAUUAAAACAGAUAAUUUUCUAUCGUACUUUAAGGCAAACAAAAUGCAAAAGGUCUUAAUUCUUUUUUUAGAGUAUUAUUUUAACGGGAUGAGAGGGGAGGAAGUUGUUUGAGGGUCUUUGGGGAGUAGAAAUUAAAAUAUGGGGUUAUUACUUUUGAGACACACACACACAAAUAUACAUAUACAUUUAUUCAUUAAUCAUUUAAUUCAUUAAACGUGAUGUUAUUAUGAUAAAUGAACUUUUGUAUAAAUGAUUGUGGAAGCUAAUAUACAAGAUAUUUUUUUUAAAUAUGAGAUAUACAAACAUAUUAAUUGUUUAAAGGUAUUUUUUCCACUUUAAUAUUACAGGAAAGUAAUUUAUCAAACGAGAGAAUUUGCGAAAUAGAGAUUAAGGACGCUGAAAGGAACGCAGCCAUAAAAGAAUCAUAUGAGGAAGAUUCCAUCUCUACAUAUUGGCAAAACGAAAAUAUGAUGGGAUUAAGCAUUCGUCAAGGUGACACCCCAUUACACGUUGCCGUCCGAAACGAAAAUAAAGAAGAAGUUGAAAGGCUUAUUAAAAAUAAAGCUCUUAUUAACAAAAGGGACGCUGAUGACAUGACAGCUUUAAUGAUUGCUAGUCGAAACGGGUUAACAGACAUUGCGGCCUUGUUGAUUUCAACUAUAAACAAUGUAAAUUUCCAAACGUCUAACGGAACGACAGCCUUAAUGUUUGCCUGCGAAAUGGGCCAUUUCGAUACAGUUAAAUUACUUGUUCAAAAAGAGGCAAAAGUCAACCUCAACAAUGAAAAUAAUGUUACAGCUUUAACAAUAGCUGGACACGCGGGUUAUACAGCGAUAAAAAGAUUCCUGUUAUCCAAUGGUGCUAAAAAUACUUCCUUAAAUUAAAUUUUUGUUUGGAAUAUUCCUUUUAUAGUAUAAUUAAAACCAAAUAAAUAAACAUUUUUAUGUGUGCUGGAUAUAAAAUUAAUGCUGAUUUCAUUUCUCAAUGUAAAAUUCAUUAGGUAUAUUUCCAAAUGCAUUUUUAAAAAAAAUGAAAUGUCAUAUAUUUUUACACCUCAUUUGGCUGAGCAGGAAGGCGAGACUAAUUUUAUUAUAGAGUGAAACAAUGAUUACAAAAUGCUAAGAGUACACUGCUUGAAACAUUGUCUUAAAGCUGACAUAAGCAUUUCUUUAAUUUCAUUACACUUGUGUCAUAAAUUAAUCUCAAAUAAAAUAUAGAAAUGAACUUAGUUUGAAAACUUCUAGACGGUAAUUAUAAGUAAUUGCAUCGUUUUGUAACAUUUUUUGUGUAACAAUUAAGAUCCAAAUUUGUUAAUGAAAUUAUGGAAGUAAAGAGAAACGCACAAAAUGAAGCGAAAUGUGUUACUUUUUCAGAAAUUGAUUUCAUUUUUCAUUGCAGAGGUAUUGCAACAUUUCGAGUUUCAGAAGUUUCUUUUUGAUAUCAUUAUUACUUUGCAUACUAUGAUACUAUAUAUGUAAAAGAAUAUUUUUUGGAAACAUAAUUAAUUUCAAAAUAUGUUGAGCUCUUUGUUUUAAUGAUCACAUGCUAAGAGCAACAAGAACUUAAAUAUUAAAUUGUAAACAUUUUUGAUUUAACAUCGUUUAUUACAUUUAAAAAAAAAUUAAUUGUUUCAGUGAAUAACGUUUUUUAUUCUCUUUAAAUUAAUCAAUUAGUUAUAAGCGUUAUAACAAUUACUUCAAAUAUCAUACUCAGUAAGUGUGACAUGAGGACUCAAAAGAACACAAUUUUUGAUAAAGCAUGUUUAUUAAUUUUUUUCAAAAAAGAUUUCUCUUGCAGGCGAUAUAGCUUCUAGUUUUUGUAAGAGUCAUAGGCAACAAUACAAGUGACUCAGCAGGGCGAACUGUCAUCUCGUUUUGUACACGUCCCUUCUUUACUUGUAGCCUGUAUGAUCGCAUGCUUAGUUGCGUCACUAGUCUUAGCUCCAUCCAGUUAGUAAAAUCAACGUGUCAUACAAUUCCGACAUUUUCAUGAACUUUUUACGAAUCAGUCUGCUCUGGUGGUAACCGACGCUGGUGACAUGUAACACCCGGCUGUAAUGACAUUCUGUUAUCGUGGUUCUUUACUCUGGUGGCAGCUGGUUCAUGAUUUUUGUAUUAAACUUAGAUUUGUUAUGAAACCAAUUUUGUGGAGCUCUGUAAAUUUGUAAACUUUUUUCCUUUAGUGUUAUCCCCUGUGAGGUUUUCAUCACAUUUUGAGAGUGUAUCUCCGAUGAGAAUAUCUACACCCUGUGAAAAUGUGUACCCCAAGUUUGGAUGUAACGGUUGUGGUCCGCAACCCAGCAUUACUAUUGAUGCUACUUUUUAUGCUCAAAACGUCAGUAAAUGUAAAGUUUUUCAAUAAUUCUCUCCAGGAGGCUGUCCAAAAGAUAAUCACUUUUGCAAUAACAUACAUUUGCAAUCAGGAUCUUUAACUAAAUUAACAUAAAAUUGAAGCAUAUAAAUAAAUUAUGUUUCUCUUAAGACAAUAUUUAAACUGUUCAGCUUUAGAAAGAACCAAGUAUGAUGUCAUUGCAUAAAAAAGAAACAUAAUUUCACCAAAAUAUAAAGAUAACAUUUUUUUAAAGAAAUCAUUGUGUUCCAUAAUUAGUAUUUUAAUAUCUUAUGUAUAUUUUAAAUUAUUAUUUAUUUCCCAUUAUAUAUUUUAACUUAUACUCCCCUUAGAAAUAGAUUUAAUAAACAUUUUAAAUGUGCAUACGUGAUAAUUUUCUUCGACUUUUAAUCAGGAUCAUCGAAAGCGUAAAAAAUAAAUAUACUUGGGGAUAAAGGCAAAAAACCUCUGUGAUCCUUAUUUGGAAAGUGCCUUUUAUACUUCGCUAAAAUGACCGAAUCUUACAAUUUCUAUGUCUUUACAAUAUAAGAUCAAUUGAAUGAAAUAGCACAACGAGGUAUAUGGAAGCGUGAAUUAUAAAGAGGACAAAAAGAUAAAGACUUUUCGGCAUCGAGCCUUUUUCAGUUAACAGUAGAAAUGAAAUGAGCACUAAGAGCAGGUUUAUGUUCAUUGUACGAUACUAUUCAUGGUGUUAAAAGCUAUUCUUAACUUUUUCUCUUAGGGGCCAAUUGCCCGUAACGGAAUAUUUAGAAGGGUUAUAAUGACUUAGAAAAAUACUCUGGCUUGUGGAAAACAACUCACCUCAGUUUAAUCGCAAUCGCUUGAAUGGUGUAGGAGCGCAUACAGUUUGAAAGUAUAUUUAUAUAGCUCAUAUUAGAAAAAAAAAGAACAUAGAGCCCAUGGCUCAAAACUGAAUAUUUUAAAACGGUUGAAAUAAUUUAAGAAUCUUUGUGGGCGAUUGCACAACAUCUCAAAAAGUUUUAUCGCAUUCUGAAAAAUGGUAUAGGAGCGCAUACGGAAAUUAUCUUUUACAAACUCAUAUAAGAAAAAUAUUAAUUUGGGUCCAACGGCUGAAAACGGAAUAUUUUAAAAGUGUUGUAAUGAAUGAGUAAAAUGCGCAGGCUUAUUGAUAAUAACUCACCAAAGUUUUGUCGCAAUCGCAUUAAUGGUGUAGGAGUGCAUACGGUUGGAAAAUAUAUGCAUAUAGUUUAUAUAAGAAAAAAAGAACAUUGGGCCCCUGGCUAAAAACGGAAUAUUUUGAAAUGGUUCUAAUAAUUCAAAAACAUUUGCAGCCGUGCUGGCAGCAACAUCUCACCAAGUUUUAUUGUAAUUGAAUAAAUGAAGUAGGAGCGCAUACGAAAAUUAUUUUUUUACAAAGCUCAGAUGAGAAAACGUACGAAUUAAGGGCAAACGGCCGAAAACGGAAUAUUUUAAAAGUGUUUAAACAACAAAGUCAAAUGCGGGGCCACAUCCCCAAAAUUUGUUGCAAUCACAUUAAUGGUUUAGGAGGGCAUACAGUGUGAAAAUAUAUUUAUAUAGCUCAUAAAAGGAAAAUGGAACAAAGAUCUCUGGCUCAAAAUUUAAUAUUUUAAAACGGUUGAAAUAGUUUAGAAACUUUUAAGGACAUGCUCGCAACAUCUCACCAAAGUGUUAUCGGAAUCGGAUAAAUGGCGUAGGAGCGCAUAUGGAAAUCUUUUUUUAGAAAGCUCAUAUUGGAAAAAAAAAUGAAUUAAGGGCCAACGGCUGAACACAGAACAUUGUACAAGGGUUAUAAUGACUCAGUUAAAUGGCCAGUUAUGCGGAAAACAAUUCACCAAAGUUUUGUCGCAAUCUCAUGAAUGGCGUAGGAACGCAUACGAGACACACAAAGAUACAACGAUACAUAGAUAUAGACGUUCAUUUUUAUAUAUUUAUAAAUUGUAAUAUCCACAUGUUAUUUUUUUAUUGAAAUGUCUUACAAACACCACAUGUUUAGCUCAGCUUAAUCGUAGGUGGUUUUAAAUUUAAGAUUGUUAUCAAUUUUUGGGAAAUAUGUUGUAACGUGUUCUUUCAAUUUAAAAACAAAAAUAAAAUAAAAAUGUAAAUACAAUUCUAACUGUACAUAUGGAUAUGUUAGGCGUAGUUAAAAUUUUGUUAGAUUAGGGUAUACGAUUAUGCAUUAAGUGUUAAUUAGCGUUAACAG